GGAUAGGAGAGCAUGUUUUAAUGUACCAGACAGACCGGGCGGGCGGGGUUUAAUGGUGCGCAGAAAUACAUGUAUCAGACAUAACAUUAUGACCACUGACAGGUACAGUGACUGACGACCCUUCAUCAUGGCUGCUUUGAAUCUCCUCCUCGGUGCAGCCAGGUUCUCCAGAGUCCUGCUAAUCACCUCGUUAUGUGACUCAGCGUCGCCAUGACCUCCAGUGCCGCUCUGCUCGCCUGGUCCAGAUUCGGGUUCUGUGCGUCCAGAACCGCCUUCUCCUCAUGCAGAGUCCUGGUCCGACCCGCCUGCAUCCGCUCUUGGUCCAGCGGCGUUAAGGUGCGCUCCUACCUGCAGUACGUGAAGCGGAAGCUCCGCCCCCCUCCAUCUCCCCCCUACAGCCACGUGUGCCAGGUGGGCGACCCGGUCCUGCGCUGCCGGGCCGCCGCCGUGGACCCGGCGGCCAUAGCGGGCCCGGAGAUCCAGCGGGUUCUGGUAACCAUGGUGACGGUGAUGAGGAGGCUGCAGUGCGUGGGUUUGAGCGCGCCGCAGGUGGGCGUGCCGCUCCGCAUCCUGAUGCUGGAGUAUCCCUGGAACCUGUUCGAGGCGGUUCCGCCCGCGGCCCGGCGGGCCCUUGGCCUCUCCAUCCAGCCGCUCCGAAUCUUCCUGAACCCGGAGCUCCGGGUUCUGGACGGCAGCACGGUUCUUUCUCAGGAGGCCUGCGAGAGCAUCUCGGGCUUCUCUGCCACCGUGCCGCGGUUCCGGUCCGUGGAAGUGUCAGCCCUGAAUGAGAAAGGUCAAGAGGUCACCUGGCAGGCGAGCGGCUGGCCGGCCCGGAUCCUGCAGCACGAGAUGGACCACCUGGACGGAGUUCUGUUCCUGGACCGCAUGGACUCCAGAACCUUCAUCAACAUCAACUGGCAGGAGCACAACGAGUAGCGCCGCGUGGCGCAGAGCUGGACCUGGUUCUGGUCCAGCUGGUACCAGAACGUUUCAGAACCAGAACUGAGAGCAGAUACUGAGCAGAGGUCCAGAUUCUGGAAUAUAAAACCCCCUGAUGGGCCCGAGGUUCUGUUGCCUUUCUUUGACAAACUGGACGUUUUUCAUCAACAGGAACCAGAACCAUCAGAACCGACUGUGUGGAUCUUUUCCCGUGACAGAAAUAAAGGAACGUUUCUGAGUUCUAA